CUUAAAUUUUUUUUCAAUAAAAAAAAUUAAGGGUAAUAUAUGAUGGCAUAUAGAUUACCAUUUACAAAAUUAUUACAUCAUCCUACAAAAAAUUUGUUAAUCCUUGUAUUUGGUUCACAUUUUCAUGCAUUAGAUACAAGUACAGGUGCAUUGAUAUCAACAACUCGUUCAUUAGUUUCAUCUUCGAACAAUGAUUCUAUUGAUAACAACAACACCACCGUCGUUAACAACACCGAAACUGAUAAUUCUUCAUCGAAUUCAAUACAUCCUAAAUAUAUAAUCCCUUCUACUGAUGCUCAUCUAGCUACAAUAAGAACAUUAGCAUUUUAUGACCGAGUUUAUUUCAAUACAUCAUCCUCUUCGAUAUCAUCGACGUUAUUGGCUACAAGUGAUGAAAAUAAAAUAUUAAAAAUUUGGAAUUGCGAUGAAUGGAAAUUACGAAAUACAAGACCGGUACAAAAACGUGUUGUAUCAAUAGCUUUCAAUAAAGAUGGAUCACAAAUUGUAAUUGCUGAUAAAUUUGGGGAUGUUUACAGUCAUCCAUUAGAUCCACCCGAAGAUAAACAAAAUGCUUCUACUUUAUUAUUAGGACAUGUAUCAAUGGUUACUGACAUGGUAAUAACACCAAAUAAUAAGUAUGUUAUUACAUGUGAUCGAGAUGAGCAUAUACGUGUAAGUAGAUUCCCAAAAGGAUACAACAUUGAAUCUUAUUGUUUAGGUCAUAAACAGUUUGUAUCUAAAAUACAUAUAUUACCAUGGGCAAAUGAUCUAUUGAUAUCGGCCGGUGGUGAUGAUUUUAUAGCAUUAUGGGAUUAUGUUCCCGGAAAAUUAUUACAAACUCUUAAUAUUAAAGAAAUUAUUGAAACCAAGGAAACUUACAAUGAUGAAGAAGAAACGUAUGUAGAUUCUGAAGAUUCAAAUUCAAUUGUUAUCACAUCUAUAACAAGUAGCCCGAUAUCAAAACAUAUAGCUCUAACUAUAGAAAAAUUUCCUGGAAUUGUAAUACUUGAUUGGAAUGAAACUGAAAAACAAAUUCAAUAUCUUCAAACAUUAAAUUUAUCUAUUGAUCCACUAGAUUUAGCUUAUGAUAUUGAUGGUAAUCUAUGGGUUUCUAAUUAUGUAAAAGAAGAACAAUCUAAUGAGAGUUUAAUUACUGUUUUCAAAAAAAAUGAUAAUGAGUAUGAAAAAGUUCCUGAAGAUCAUUCAUUAGUUAAGCAGAUUAAUGAAUAUGGUUCAACUACAGUCGAAAUAAUUCCUGAUCUAUAUAUUACGAGUCAAUUACGUAAAAAUCUAGUUGAUUGGAGAGAACAAGAUGACGAUGAUGAUGAUGCACAAAGUUUAGAAGGAGAAGGAAAUAAUAAUACAUCUAAACAAAAGAAAUCACAAGGAUCAAAAAGAAAUAAAAAAAGAGUAAAAAUAGAAUGAAAUUUUUUUUUUUAAAAAAAAAAUAGUUAGUAUAUAAAAUAAGAAUUAUAAAAAAGAAAGAAUAAAAUAACU